AUGUCUUGGAAAGAGGAUAAAGAUUGCUGCUCUUGGGAUGGUGUCACUUGUGAUUCUUCAACAGGUCAUGUGAUUGGUCUCGAUCUUAGUUGUGGCUGGCUUCAAGGAAACAUCUCUUCUAAUAGCAGCCUUUUUCUUCUCAAUCAUUUGCAAAAGCUGAACUUAGCUUACAAUGAUUUCAGUCUCUCUCAAAUUACUUUUGAUUUUAAUCGAUUCACUAGUUUGACACACCUUAACCUCUCCAACUCAAACUUUUUUAGUCAAAUUCCAUCCGAAAUCACCCACUUAUCUAAAUUGGUCGUGCUUGAUCUUUCUGAAAAUUCCCUUGAAACAACUACUGUAAAGGGGUUAGUUCAAAAUUUGACCGAUUUAAUAGAACUUCUUCUUGAUGAUGUAAACAUGUCUACUGUUGUACCAAGUUCCUUCAUGAAUCUAUCUUCUUCUCUGUCUUCUUUGAGUCUGUCGAAUUGUGACUUGCAAGGGAACUUUCCAGAUAGCAUCUUUCACCUACCCAACUUAAAAAUCCUGAAUUUAGGAAGUAAUUCUAAUUUGACAGGUAUUUUGCCAAAGGUUAACUGGAGUAGCCCCCUCAAGUUUUUGGAUGUCUCUUACAUGACUUUGUCUGGAGAAUUACCUAAUUCCUUCGCCAAUCUCAUGCAGAUGAUGCAUUUGGAUUUCCUUGACUGCGGUCUCAAUGGGUCGGUUCCUAUUUCACUUGGAAACCUUACAAAACUUAAUUAUUUGCACCUCUCAGGUAAUAAUUUUGAAGGUCAAAUCCCUUCAUUUCUUUCCAAUUUUGAUCAGUUCCAUACAUUAGAUCUUACAGGCAACAAUUUCAUCAGUGGAUUUCCAGAUUUUUUUGUCAAUUUUACUCAACUUUCUUAUUUAAGCUUCGCGUCUAAUCAACUAGCUAGUCCAAUCCUUUCUCAAGUAAGUCCCCAUGGAAGUUUGGUUCUUAUUAAUUUAAAUAGUAACUCUUUCAAUGGGUCCCUACCAUCUUGGCUAUUCACUCUACCUUUAUUACAGCAUGUGGACCUCAGUUAUAACCAAUUAACUGGCACUAUAGAUGAAUUUCAAAGUAUAUCGUUGAAAGUUUUUUACUUAGAUAAUAAUAAGUUGCACGGGUCAGUUCCAGGUUCAAUACUUGAACUUGUGAAUCUGACUGAUCUCUUUCUUUCUUUAAGCAAUUCAAGUGGAAUUGAGCUUUACUUGUUUUCAAAGCUCAAAAAACUUGAAGUGCUUGAUCUUUCCAAUAUUAAUCUAUCAUUGAGCACCGCAUUCAACAUUAACUCUUCCUUGACCAAACUUUGGUACUUGAGAUUAUCAGCUUGUAACAUAAGUGAGUUUCUGGAUUUCUUACGUAACUCACACCAAUUGGCGGAGCUAGACCUUUCUGACAACAAAAUCCAAGGUCAAAUUCCCAAGUGGAUGGGGGACAUAGGAAAGGAAAGUUUUUACAAGUUAAAUCUUUCCCACAACUUUUUUACAGGCAUGGAACAACAACUUCCAUGGAAAAAUCUUGUUUAUCUAGACCUUCACUCCAACUUGAUUCAAGGACCACUUCCAAAUCCACCACCUUACUUGGGUUUGUUUUCUUUGUCAAACAACAAUUUCAUAGGAGAGAUACCUCUCAGCUUUUGCAAUAUGAGUGCCAUAGCAAUUCUAGAUCUUUCUUAUAAUAAUUUGAGUGGGUCAGCCCCACGAAGUUUGGUUAAUUGUACCAUGCUUGAGGUUCUAGAUCUCGGAAACAACAAGAUAACUGAUAGUUUCCCAUAUUGGUUGGGAGAUCUUCUGAAGUUGCAAGUUCUUGUUCUUCGCUUCAACAACUUUUACAAUUUUGAGUGGGGUUCUUCUGAAUUUAAUAGUUCUUUCCUUAUGCUGAGGAUCUUAGAUCUCUCACACAACAAUUUUAGUGGUUGUUUGCCAACAAGGUUCUUUGAGAAUCUAAAAGUUAUGAUGAAUCUUGAUGAAGCCAAAAAAAAUUCAGCUUCUAAUACUCCACCAUAUUGUGAUGGAAGGUGUCCUUCUUAUCCUAAAACAAUGUCUUGGAAAGAGGAUAAAGAUUGCUGCUCUUGGGAUGGUGUCACUUGUGAUUCUUUAACGGGUCAUGUGAUUGGUCUCGAUCUUAGUUGUGGCUGGCUUCAAGGAAACAUCCCUUCCAAUAGUAGCCUUUUUCUUCUUAAUCAUUUGCAAAAGCUAAACUUAGCUUACAAUGAUUUCAAUUUCUCUCAAAUUCCUCCUGAUUUUAAUCAAUUCACUAGCAUGGAACAACAACUUCUAUGGAAAAAUCUUGAAUUUCUAGACCUUCACUCCAACUUGAUUCAGGGACCACUUCCAAAUCCACCACCUUACUUGAUAUUGUUUUCGUUGUCAAACAACAAUUUCACGGGUGAGAUACCUCUCAGCUUUUGCAAUAUGAGUGACAUAGCAAUUCUAGAUCUUUCGUAUAAUAAUUUGAGUGGUAUAAUUCCAAAAUGCAUGGCAAACUUUAGUAGUCUUCAUGUGUUGGAUCAACGAAAAAAUAGAUUGUAUGGCAGCAUUCCUGGAAUAUUUGCACAAGGCAAUCAUUUUAGGACUCUCAAUCUCAAUGGCAAUGGACUUGAAGGGCCAAUCCCAGGAAGUUUGGUUCUUGUUCUUCGCUUCUACAAGUUUUACGGUUUUGAGUGGGGUUCUUCUAAAUUUAAUAGUUCUUUCCCUAUGCUGAGAAUCUUAGAUCUCUCACACAACAAUUUUAGUGGUCGUUUGCCAACAAGGUUCCUUAAGAAUCUAAAAGCUAUGAUGAAUCUUGAUGAAGCCAAAAGGAAGUUGGAUUAUAUGGGUGAAACAUAUUAUCAAGAUUCAGUGGCGAUGGUAGUUAAAGGUUUUGAAAUCAGACUGGAGAAAAUUGUUACUACUUUUACUACCAUUGAUUUUUCAAACAAUUGUUUUCACGGAGAAAUUCCAAACUCAAUUGGAAAACUUCAUUCACUUCGACUCCUCAAUCUCUCUCAAAAUAGCCUAACCAGUCAUAUUCCUUUGUCUUUAGUAAAUUUGAUUGCACUUGAAGCUUUAGACCUAUCUUCAAACAAGCUUGUUGGAGUGAUUCCAUCGCAAUUGGUAGGUUUGACCUUUCUUGCAAAGUUAAACUUAUCACAAAACCAUUUUGUGGGGCCGAUUCCCCCGUGGAACUAG